GUCUCACUAUCGGAGGAUGCGAUGGUGACAUUCGGUAUACAAUCUGCUUCAGCACCUGGACUGGGAAGCUAGUCGGGACAACACUAUGUAAAAGGCUGCGGGUGCCCCCCGUUCCCCUCGUGUCUCGACUUGGACAACCUCGCCCACGUCUUCGCCAUGUCGGACACCAAGAAGAGCCUGGAGAUGACCCAGGGGACCAGCAUGGUCGAGCCUGCGACUGCUCUGAGCAGGGUCCAUUCCGAGGCCGAGAAGGCGUCGGUGGGCAGCAGCGAUCCGCUGAAGCCAUAUCCCACCGAGGAAGAGUUCGCCACCCUCCCCCGUGUGCCCGGCUCCAUCCCGUGGACGGCGUGGACUGUUGCGAUUGUCGAGUUCGCUGAGCGCUUCUCAUACUACGGCACCACUGCUGUCUUCGUCAACUUCAUCCAGAAGCCGCUCCCCGUCGGAUCCCACACGGGUGCCGGAUUUCUCAUCUCCCCCGGCUCGGGAGCAUUGGGCCUCGGCCAGCGCGCAUCCACCGGGCUCACCACCUUCAACAACUUCUGGUCCUACGUCACUCCUCUCGCGGGCGCCUACGUCGCCGACACGUACUUUGGCCGGUAUCUGACCAUCCAGUACUCCAUCGUCUUCGCCCUCGUCGGCCACGUGAUCCUCAUCCUCUCGGCGAUCCCGCCGGUCAUCGUCCACCCCACUGCUUCCGUCGCUGUCUUCGCCGUCGGCCUCGUCAUCAUGGGCAUCGGAACCGGCGGCUUCAAGUCUAACAUCUCCCCGCUGAUUGCCGAGCAGUACAAAGACGACCACGCGUACGUGCGCGUCGACAAGAAGGGCAACAGGGAGAUUGUCGACCCCGCCGUCACCACGGCCCGCAUCUACAUCUACUUCUACAUGCUGAUCAACGUCGGCUCGCUGACGGGGUCCCUGGCCAUGGUGUACUCGGAGCACUACGUGGGCUUCUGGCUGUCGUUCCUGCUGCCCACCAUCGUCUUCCUCAUCGCCCCCAUGAUCCUGCUCUACUACAAGAAGUUCUACACGCUGUCGCCGCCGACGGGCUCCGUCAUGGCCACGGCCUACAAGCUGCUCCGGCUGGCCUUCAAGGGCCGGUGGUCGUGGAACCUGGCGCAGACCAAGCGCAACUUCAAGGACCCCGAGUUCUGGAACGUGGUCAAGCCCUCCAACUUCGCGCCGGCCGACCGCCCGGCGUGGAUGACGUUUGACGACGAGUGGGUCGACGAGGUGCGGCGCGGGCUGCUGGCGUGCAAGGUGUUCCUGUGGUAUCCUCUGUACUACCUGGCCUACAACCAGAUGACGGGCAACCUGGUGUCGCAGGCGUCGACCAUGACGCUGGGCGGCGUGCCCAACGACAUCAUCGCCAAGCUCAACCCCAUCUCCAUCAUCAUCUUGAUCCCGCUGAUGGACUUUGUGCUGUACCCGCUGAUCGCCAGGUGCGGCGUCAACCUGACGCCCAUCAAGAAGAUCACGGCCGGCUUCGUGCUGGCCGCGCUGUCUAUGGUGGCUGCGUGCGUCACCCAGUACUACAUCUACCGCAUGUCGCCGUGCGGCGACCACAUCAACGCCUCCGUGAAGGCCGGCCGCAAGGACUGCGCAGCCCCCUUCACCGUCUGGAUCCAGAUCUUCCCCUACGCCCUCAUCGGCCUGUCCGAGGUCCUCGCCUCCAUCACUAAGCUUGAGUACGCGUACACCAAGGCGCCCAAGAACAUGCGGUCGACCGUGCAGGCCAUCGCGCUCGCCAUGUCGGCCAUCUCGAGCGCCAUCGGCCAGGGCCUGACGGCGCUCUCGGAGGAUCCGCUGCUGGUGUGGAACUACGGGUCGGUCGCGGUCAUCGCCAUGAUCGGUGCGAUCGGCUUCUGGCUCACCUUCCGCGUGGCUGAUCGCGACGAGGAUGCGCUCAACAAUCUGAAGCACAGCAAGUACGAGGGCGAUGCGGUUGUCGUCGAGGUGGAUGCCGAGAGUCUACAGAGUCGCCAGGUCGGUGCCAGUGUUGAUGAGAAGGCUGGUGUUAAGAGUGUGCCGUAGUCAGGGACACAGCGUCGGUGAUGGUGGUGGUGGUGGAAUGGGAGAUAUUAGAUACCCCGUAGCAGGGAAUGAAAGAAAAGUUAUUUAUUACUGUAAAUACGUCGUGCCACUUCAACGUACCUAGCAAUUACAGCCACGUACCUAGCAAUUCCAUCCACCUAGCUAGCAAUUCCAUACACCUACC